GGUCGGCUCCCCGGCGCUGCCUGGCCUCCCCCGCCCGCCGCCGCCAUGAACAUCUUCCGCCUCACCGGGGACCUGUCCCACUUGGCGGCCAUCAUCAUCCUGCUCCUCAAGAUCUGGAAGACCCGCUCGUGCGCCGGUAUAUCUGGGAAAAGCCAGCUUCUCUUUGCACUGGUCUUCACUACUCGCUACCUGGAUCUCUUCACUGCGUUCAUUUCAUUUUAUAACACUUCUAUGAAGCUUAUCUACAUUGCUUGUUCGUAUGCCACAGUCUACCUGAUCUACAUGAAAUUUAAGGCCACCUAUGAUGGAAACCACGAUACGUUCAGAGUGGAGUUCCUCGUGGUUCCAGUUGGCGGGUUGUCGUUCCUCGUCAAUCACGACUUCUCCCCUCUAGAGAUCUUGUGGACCUUCUCCAUCUACCUGGAGUCAGUGGCUAUCCUUCCUCAACUUUUCAUGAUUAGCAAAACUGGGGAAGCGGAGACCAUCACCACCCACUACCUUUUCUUCCUGGGCCUGUACCGUGCCUUGUACCUUAUCAACUGGAUUUGGCGCUACUACUUUGAGGGGUUCUUCGACCUCAUAGCCGUUGUGGCUGGCGUGGUCCAGACCAUUCUGUACUGUGACUUCUUCUAUUUGUAUGUUACGAAAGUACUCAAAGGAAAGAAGCUCAGUUUGCCAGCGUAAGUGCCAAAACCCAGUCAUCAGCAUCUGUCGUCCUGGAUGCUUAGAACAAUCCUGACCCCCAAG